AUGGCGCUAGAUAGAAAGUCUACAAUAAUCCUAAUCUGUUCAUUGCUGUCCAUUUUGCAGAUUCAAGAAUGGCUUUGUUUAAAUUGCCAGACGAACAGAGCAAUAUCAGGACAACUGGGAGAUAUGGGCAAAAUGCUCCCUGUAUCGUCAGGAUCCAAGGCAUCCCCUGUGCCUGCCCCUGCAGACCCAUCAUCUCAGAAAACACCCGUAGGGGGCCAUGUGAAAGGCAAAAAGAAGGAAACAGAAGGAAAAACUGAAACUGAGAAAUUUAUUCCAGAAAAAGAAACAGCAUCCAUUGAGAAAACGCCCCCAGCGGUCGCCACAGGUGAAAAGCUGGACGAGACUAAAUUAGAGAAAAGCAAAGUUUCAGCCCUGCAAGAAAAGAAACCACCCUCUGAAGAGGAACAGCCAGUCCCUGAAGAGAAAGUGGGAAAGAAGCCAUCUGCUGAAGGAAAGUUGGCUUCAGCAGAAGACAAACCACCUCUGGAGGGAAAGAAGCCUAUCCCCGACCACAAGAAAUUACCCGCAGAAGUAAAGCCCCUGGCCUCAGAGCCGGAGAAGAAACGGGAAGCACUUCAAGCUCAAGUACAAAUUCCUGAAGAGGAGCCCACAGGGAGAGUGGCCACUCAGGAAGACUGGCGUGCAGAGGCCAGGGCUGGAGCUCCCCCACGCAGCCACGCCCCGCAGACUUUGCCCAGGGAAGGCGGGAAGGAGAGCCACACAGAGAAGCAGCCCCAGGAGGAAGGCAGUGUGGAGCCUGACCAAGUGGAGCCCAGCAAAGGCAAAACAAAAAAGGAAGAGGAUAAAUCAGAUACUCCCAGUUCUCAGCAGCCCAAGAGCCCACAAGGUCUGAGUGACACAGGAUAUUCUUUGGAUGGAAUAUCAGGUUCUCUUGGUGAAAUCCCAAGUCUUAUACCAAGUGAUGAAAAAGAUUUGCUAAAGGACUCUUUCUCUCAAGAAAGCAGCCCUUCCAGCCCCUCGGACUUGGCGAAACUGGAAAGCACAGUACUGUCCAUUUUGGAAGCUCAGGCAAGCACCCUUAGUGAAAAAUCAGAAAUGAAAGCACAGCCCCAGAAGGUUUCUCCCGAGCAGCCUCAGGACCAGCAAAAGUCUCAGAUUCCAUCUGACGCGCUGGAUAUUACUAUUUCAGAAGAAGAGGACAAAGAGAGCCAAGAAAGGAAAGAAAGCUCCAAAAGGGAUAGCCAACAAGGCUUUCCUGCUAGGAAAGACCAUAAAGAAAAGCCUGAGCUAGUUGAUGAUCUAAGUCCAAGAAGAGCAUCCUAUGACUCAGUGGAAGACAGCAGUGAGAGUGAAAACUCCCCUGUUGCCCGUAGGAAGCGGAGAACUAGUGUUGGCUCAUCAAGCAGCGAUGAGUACAAACAGGAGGACAGUCAAGGUUCUGGGGAAGAGGAGGACUUCAUUCGAAAACAGAUUAUAGAAAUGAGUGCUGACGAGGAUGCCUCUGGCUCUGAGGAUGAUGAGUUCAUUAGGAGUCAGCUUAAAGAGAUUGGUGGCAUGACUGACAGCCACAAGAGGGAAGAAACUAAAGGGAAACACAGACGGCUGACUCGCAAGAGUAGUGCUAACUUCGAUGACGAGGCAGGCAGACGGCAUUCCUGGCAUGACGAGGACGAUGAAACAUAUGAUGAAAGCCCUGAACUCAAAUUCCGAGAAACUAAAAGCCAGGAGAGCGAAGAACUUGUGGUGGCUGGAGGAGGGGGGUUACGCCGAUUUAAGACGAUCGAACUCAACAGUAUGAUAGCAGAUAAGUACUCGGCAGAAUCCUCUCAGAAAAAAGCAACUUUGUAUUUUGAUGAAGAGCCAGAGUUAGAAAUGGAGAGCCUGACCGACUCACCUGAAGACAGAUCUAGGGGAGAGGGGUCCUCUAGUCUCCAUGCAUCCAGCUUCACUCCCGGCACGUCCCCUACAUCAGUGUCAUCACUGGACGAGGACAGUGACAGUAGCCCAAGUCACAAAAAAGGGGAGAGCAAGCAGCAGCGCAAAGCCCGGCACAGGACACAUGGCCCUCUCUUACCCACCAUUGAAGACUCCUCAGAGGAGGACGAAUUGAGAGAGGAAGAAGAAUUGUUAAAGGAGCAAGAGAAACAGCGGGAGUUAGAGCAGCAGCAACGAAAGAGUUCUAGUAAGAAGUCAAAGAAAGACAAAGACGAACUUCGUGCUCAGAGAAGGAGAGAAAGACCAAAGACGCCACCCAGUAAUCUCUCUCCCAUCGAGGACGCAUCUCCCACGGAAGAACUGCGCCAGGCAGCGGAAAUGGAGGAGCUCCAUAGGUCCUCUUGUUCCGAAUACUCGCCUAGCAUAGAAUCAGACCCAGAAGGGUUUGAAAUAAGCCCUGAGAAAAUAAUAGAAGUUCAAAAAGUUUAUAAACUGCCCACGGCUGUGUCCUUGUACUCACCAACAGAUGAGCAAUCUGCUAUGCAGAAGGAAGGGGUGCAGAAAGUUCUCAAAAGUGCUGAGGAGAUGUAGGAAGAAAUGAUGCAGAAGAACCACAAAUAUAAAGCUUUUCCAGCUGUAAGUGAACGAGAUGACGUGUUUGAAAAGGAGCCAUUGUAUGGUGGCAUGUUAAUAGAGGACUACAUUUAUGAAUCUUUAGUAGAGGAUACAUACAAUGGAUCAGUAGAUGGCAGUCUGAUCCCAAGGCAAGAAGAACAAAAUGGAUUCAUGCAGCAGAGAGGAAGAGAGCAAAAAAUAAGACUCCCAGAACAGAUUUAUGAUGAUCCUAUGCAGAAAAUUACAGACCUCCAGAAAGAGUUUUAUGAGUUAGAAUGCUUACAUUCUGUUGUGCCUCAAGAAGACAUAGUUUCCAGCUCUUACAUCAUUCCUGAAAGCCACGAGAUAGUGGAUCUGGGAACCAUGGUAACUUCUACCAGUGAAGAAAAGCAAUUAUUAGAUGCUGACACUGCGUAUGAAGAACUCAUGAGGCGACAACAGAUGCAGGUAACAGAUGGGUCCAGUCCCACACAGACCACCGUAGGGGAUGACAUGGCAGAUUCCAUGAUGGAUUUUGACAGGGUGCAAGAUACAUCUUUGACAUCAAGCAUCCUUUCUGGAGCAUCUCUUACGGACUCAACCAGCAGUGCAACUCUCUCUAUCCCAGAUGUUAAGAUAACCCAACAUUUUUCAGCAGAAGACCUCGAGGAUGAAUACGUAACUGAUUAUACAAGAGAAAUUCAAGAGAUAAUAGCCCAUGAGUCACUGAUAUUGACCUACUCUGAGCCUUCAGAAAGUGCUGCAUCUGUCCCGCCUUCCGACACACCUUCUCUCAUAUCAUAUAUUUCUUCAGUCUGCACCACAGACAGCUCCUCACCUGUCACUACCCUGGAUAGCCUAACCACUGCUUAUACAGAGCCAGCAGACAUAAUAACUAAAUUUGAAGACUCCGAGGAAAUUUCUUCAUCAACUUAUUUUCCAGGCAGCAUCAUUGACUAUCCAGAAGACAUAAGUAUAUCUUUAGAUCGGACCACCACACCUGAAAGUAGAACUAAUGCUGAUCGUAUCGUGGUUUCCUUCUCUAGUACAGCACCUUCUGUCGCAGAAUUCGUAGGCGCUAAAGCUGACAGGCCACAAGCUGUUACCAUGUCCACUGACUUACCUGAAAAAGAUCCAAUAAAAGGCAAGAAGGAAACUGGGGAUGGAAUUAUUCUGGAAGUUUUGGAUGCUUACACAGAUAAAAGGGAAGAGUCUGAGGCUGAAAUAACAAAAAUUACCUUACCUGAAACUGGGUUGGUCCAAACACCUUCUUCUGUUAUAGCCCCUCAGAUGAAGGAAGAACCUGUAACUCCAUAUUCUCUGUCUGGAAAGAUCUCUGGUCAGGAAAAGCCCACAUAUAGGUUACCAUCAGCCAGUAUUCCUGUUUCCACCCAUCCAUCUAAAGCUCGUCCAUUUUUCAGAAGUUCUUCUUUGGAUAUAUCAGCCCAACCGCCCCCUCCUCCUCCCCCACCCCCUCCUCCCCCUCCACCCCCUCUUCCUCCGCCUCCACCACCAUUACCCCCAGCAACUUCACCUAAACCAGCCACUUACCCUAAAAAAACUUUGGCAGUUGCAGCUCCAGUGACUCCAACGGCAGUUGUCACAACCCAUAUUGAUGCUAUUACUACAGUAGAGGCCACAACUGCUCGGAAGAGUAAUGGGUUACCUCCCAUCAAAGUAUGUGCCACUGCCCCUCCUCCUGUCCCUCCCAAGCCUUCUUCAAUUCCAACUGGACUUGUAUUUACACAUAGGCCAGAACCAAGCAAACCUCCAAUUGCCCCUAAGCCAGCAAUUCCUCAGAUUCCAGUGACUACACAGAAAAUAACAGAUGCAUGCCCCAAACCAACAGGUCUAUCUUUAACUUCAAGCAUGUCCUUAAAUUUAGUGACUUCAGCAGGUUACAAACUGCCUUCCCCUACCUCUCCACUUUCCCCACAUUCUAAUAAAUCCUCACCAAGAUAUUCUAAGUCUCUAAUGGAGACUUAUGUGGUUAUUACAUUACCAUCUGAGCCUGGGACUCCAACAGAUUCUUCUGCUUCUCAAGCCAUUACCAGUUGGCCCUUGGGAUCACCCCCAAAAGAUCUGGUUUCCCUUGAAACAGUGUUUUCUGUAGUUCCUCCUAUGACAGCUCCAGAAAUUCCAAGUUCUUCACAGCCUACCCUGUAUGCACCAGGAACUUCGGAGACAUUUUCUGCUGUACCUGUUGUAACACCAUCUCUAUUUCAAGGAGCUCUGACUUCACUUACACAGUUUCUUCCAACAGAAGCUUCAAAAACUGUGGUAUCCACAACCAGAAGUGUAGUCCCAAGCAUUGCUCCCAGAAGUGUUUCCAUACCGAUUCCUCCAGAACCUCUUGCUCUAGACAGGCAUCAGUACAAGGAAAAUGGAAAAUUGCCACUUAGUGGUGAUGCCAUUGAUUUGCGGACAAUACCAAAGACAGAAGCUAAAGCAACUGAAAAAUGUAUGGACCUUUCUGCUUCUUCAGUGGAUGCAAAAAGACAGCCCACAGCAAAUGACGUUUAUGGGCGACAGAUCAGUGCUGUCCAACCUUCUAUCGUGAAUCUCAGUGCAGCUUCCUCUUUUGUAGCUCCAGUCACCCUAGACUCUGAGACAGUGGCUGUUGUCACAUGCACAGGUACUACAAUUUACACAACAGGCUCAGGAGGCCAAGUGAGUAUAGAGCCUGCAAUGGCAUCACCACUCCAGCUCACUACAUUAAAACAUACCGAGUCACCGUACAGGAUAUCAAGUGGCCAGACAUUCCCUUUGGUUAGAGAUGAAGCACCGAUAAACUUGUCUCUGGGUCCUUCAGCUCCGGCAGUGACACUGGCUGUUACGAAGCCUGUCACUGUACCUCCAGUCGGUGUCACCAAUGGAUGGACUGACAGCAGCACAUCUCAGGGGAUCACCGAUGGGGAGGUGGUAGACCUCAGCACAUCAAAGUCUCAUAGAACAGUUGUGACAAUGGAUGAAUCUACUUCAAAUGUAGUGACCAAAAUCAUAGAAGACGAUGAAAAACCUGUUGAUUUGACUGCAGGAAGAAGAGCUGUGUGCUGUGACAUGGUUUAUAAGUUGCCUUUUGGAAGGAGCUGCACAGCACAGCAGCCAGCAACUACCCUUCCUGAAGACCGUUUUGGAUAUAGGGAUGACCACUAUCAAUAUGAUAGAUCAGGGCCAUAUGGUUACAGAGGGAUUGGUGGAAUGAAACCUUCCAUGUCUGAUACAAAUUUAGCAGAAGCUGGACAUUUUUUCUAUAAAAGUAAGAAUGCUUUUGAUUACUCAGGAGGAUCUGAUGCAGCAGUAGAUCUAACUUCAGGGAGAGUGACUACAGGCGAGGUAAUGGAUUAUUCAAGCAAGACUACAGGUCCAUAUCCAGAAACACGCCAAGUCAUUUCAGGAGUUGGGAUUAGUACCCCACAGUAUUCCACAGCAAGAAUGACUCCACCUCCAGCACCCCAGUAUGGUGUGGGAAGUGUUUUGAGGUCCUCUAAUGGUGUUGUCUAUUCUUCAGUAGCAACUCCAAUCCCCUCUACAUUUGCUAUCACCACUCAACCUGGCUCCAUUUUCAGUACCACGGUCAGGGAUUUGUCUGUUAUUCACACAACAGAUGCACUGACUUCAUUAUCAGCCCUGCAUCAAAGCCAGCCAAUGCCUCGAUCGUAUUUCAUAACACCAGGGGCAUCAGAAACAGACAUCUCAGUAACCAGUAUUGACAUCAAUGCCGGUCUGCAAACUAUUACUAUGGAAACUCUUCCUGCUGAGACAAUGGACUCUGUUCCUGCUUUAACCACAGCGUCUGAAGUGUUUUCUGAGGUGGUAGGAGAGGAAAGCACACUUUUAAUGGUAUCUGAGGAAGAUAAACAGCAACAGCAGCUUGACUUGGAGCGAGAGCUCCUGGAACUGGAGAAAAUUAAGCAACAACGCUUUGCCGAGGAGCUAGAGUGGGAACGUCAGGAGAUUCAGAGAUUCCGGGAACAAGAAAAGAUCAUGGUUCAAAAAAAGCUGGAGGAGCUGCAGUCUAUGAAACAGCACCUCCUCUAUCAGCAAGAAGAAGAACGGCAAGCCCAGUUUAUGAUGAGGCAGGAGACAUUAGCUCAGCAACAGUUACAACUUGAACAAAUCCAACAGCUGCAACAGCAGCUGCACCAGCAACUCGAGGAGCAAAAACUUCGCCAGAUCUACCAGUAUAACUAUGACCCCUCUGGAACUGCUUCUCCACAAACUACCACCGAACAGGCAAUUUUGGAGGGUCAAUAUGCUGCUCAAGAGGGCAGUCAGUUUUGGGCCGCUGAGGAUGCCACCACUACAGCCUCUACUGUGGUGGCCAUUGAAAUACCACAGAGCCAAGGAUGGUACACUGUUCAGUCUGAUGGGGUGACUCAGUACAUUGCCCCGCCUGGCAUCUUGAGCACUGUUUCAGAGAUACCUCUGACAGAUGUUGUUGUAAAAGAGGAGAAACAACAAAAGAGGAGCUCUGGAGCCAAAGUUAGGGGGCAGUAUGAAGAGAUGGGGGAAAAUAUGGCAGAUGAUCCACGGAAUUUGAAAAAGAUAGUGGACAGUGGUGUACAAACCGAUGAUGAAGAAACUGCGGAUAGGAGCUAUGCAAGCAGGAGGAGAAAAACUAAAAAGAGCGUCGAUACCAGUGUCCAAACCGAUGAUGAAGAUCAGGACGAAUGGGACGUGCCUUCUAGGUCAAGAAGGAAAGCACGUCCGGGGAAAUACGGAGACAGCACCACAGAGGGUGACAAGACGAAACCCCUUUCCAAAGUCUCCAGUGUAGCAGUUCAGACAGUCGCAGAGAUAUCUGUGCAAACUGAGCCAGUGGGAACCAUAAGAACACCUUCCGUACGAGCACGGGUGGAUGCCAAGGUAGAAAUAAUUAAACACAUUUCCGCACCUGAAAAGACUUACAAAGGGGGCAGUUUAGGAUGUCAAACAGAAACAGAUUCAGACACACAGAGCCCUCCAUAUCUGGGUGCCACCUCUCCACCCAAAGACAAGAAGCGCCCAACUCCUUUAGAGAUCGGCUACUCGUCAUCUCACCUUCGGGCAGACACCACAGUCCAGCUGGCUCCUUCCCCGCCCAAGUCUCCAAAAGUCCUUUACUCACCCAUCUCACCACUCUCACCAGGCAAAGCAUUAGAGUCAGCCUUUGUACCUUAUGAAAAACCCCUCCCUGAUGACAUAAGUCCACAGAAAGUACUACAUCCAGAUAUGGCUAACGUGCCCCCAGCAAGUCCUAAGACAGCCAAGAUGAUGCAGCGCUCUAUGUCUGACCCCAAGCCGCUGAGUCCUACAGCAGACGAAAGUUCCAGGGCUCCUUUUCAGUAUUCCUGAGGGCUUCACGGUAAGAGGGAUUCUGUUCAGGUAGAAGACAAUGGAUGAGUUGAUGUUGAUCAUGUGUUUGCAGACUUAGAAGGUAACAAGACUAACAUGUAGAAAGUGAGGGACUGAAACUGAGGGAGGACUAUCACAUUAGGAGAGGAGGACCACAUUCCCUUAAAGGUGCCCCCAAAGGAAGACUGUUAUGUGAGACUGAAGUUUUAUUCUAAUAUAAAAAUAUCUCUGAAUUGUAGCCUUAUUUCAGUGUAUGUAACUAAUAUUCCUUUCCCCGCAUGAUGGUAUAAAUAUUGACUAUAAACAAGGAUGAAGCAUGAGCAUGCCUUUAGAUGAGGAGUACGAGAACUCAUGAUUGAAGUGCUCGUCAAAUACAUGUGGUCAGUCUCUUCUUCCAGCCAGAAUACUGACCUUAAAGGCUUAGCAUAGCUCAUUGACCAAGAUGUGGGCAUACGAAUGUAUGGUGCAUUAGGCAAGUUCAUACAUGCUUAUUUUGUUUGUAGCAACUUUCUUACACUAAACCUCAGAGGAGCCACACCGCUAGUGCUUAUAGAAGCAUAGCUAAUUUUUAUGUUUCUUUCAAUAGUAGAGAUUGUUUUAUGAAGUAUAAUUUUGCCUUAAGGGAAGAAACAGAUAAUAUGUUAGACAUAUAGAUGUAAAUGGAAGUGGGAAGUGUUAAUUAACCAUAAUUAUAUUAUA